AUGGUUGCCACUUCACCGACUGACUACCUCAGAUGCUCGCCAAAAGUCCACUACCGAGCAGCGCUGAGGUCUACUACGGUCGCCCUCGCCAGUGCUGCCGGCACCCCCGCCACCACAACACCCGCCACCCGCGACGCGUCCUACACUCUCACCUCCGCGCACAUCAUCAGCACAGCGAACUCGAACCUUUGUCUCGGCAUCGAGUCUGUGACUGUGGGCGCAAGGCUCGUCGCGCAGCCCGGCGGCGACACAUCCGCAGAGGAUCUGACGGUCUUCGCCGUCGCGCCAUGAAAACAUUCAGACGGGCACCAAAUCGGGCACGGAGGCGCGGAUAUUGUCGCAAACAAAGAUGAGAGCUGUAUCAAGCUUGCGAAUGCGGCCCUCGGCGUUUCGGCGACGGCUUUCUCUUACAAGAACACGCCCUACUAUAUUCGAGGCUAG